AUGCGCCACAACAAGGCCGAAAGUUUCAUCAAAAACAUCACAGAAAAUCGCAUUCGAAGUCAGGUGAAAUUCCCUCAAGACGAGGAUUUGUCCGGAGCUGCCACCGCUAUUCUUCGACUUCAAGAUGUCUACCGACUUGACACCACCGACCUUUCAAACGGCAUAAUCCUUGGCGAUAAAGUUGCUCACAGGCUCACAGCUCAUGAUGCAUUCGAGCUUGAACAUGAGAAUCCCAAAACAAUCGAGGAAGAGGAAGUUUUGGAAUAUCUUGCCUACUCCCUCUACCAACAAGGUAACGUCCGUCGGGCUCUCGCGUUAACGAAGAGACUGGCAGCAAUCGCUCCAAACCACCCAAGAGCCAGA